AUGGGUCUCGCGCCAAUUUCUAUUGACAAAACCUGGUGGAUCUCAACACUCCCAGCUGUUGUCGAAACACAGAACUUGCUUGAUGGUUUCGUUUUAUUUAGCAUUUCCGUGGCAGUUCUUUUAGCUGGGAUAUUCACUUGGGCUUCAUCCCCUGGAGGGUUAGCCUGGAAAAAUGGCAGGAACCAAAUAGGUCAGGUCCCAAUCCCCGGACCUAGAGGCCUCCCCUUGUUUGGCAGUUUAUUCAGCCUAAGCCACGGCUUGGCUCAUCGAACUCUUUCCUGCAUGGCUUCCAGCCAAGCAGCCACUACCAAGCUCAUGGCUUUUAGCCUCGGAUCAACUCCUGCCGUCAUCACAUCCGAUCCCCAAAUUGCUCGUGAAAUCUUGACCUCUCCUCACUUUGCCAACCGUCCAGUUAAAUCAUCAGCAAAGAAGCUAAUGUUUAGCCGAGCCAUUGGCUUUGCUCCCAAUGGAACUUACUGGCGGCUUCUACGAAGGAUUUCAUCGACUCAUCUCUUUGCUCCAAAACGCAUUGCGGCCCAUGAAAGUGGUCGCCAGAUUGGCUGUGACGCCAUGUUGUGUACCAUCGAUAAAGAACAAUCCUUCAAUGGAAACGUUUCUUUACGUAAACACCUUCAAGCUGCUGCACUUAACAAUAUAAUGGGGACAGUUUUCGGUAAAAGAUACGACUCGAUAGAAAAUAAUGAUGAAGCUAAAGAGUUGCAAGAGAUUGUAAGAGAAGGGUUUGACAUAUUGGGUGCUUUUAACUGGUCGGAUUAUCUGCCUUGGCUGAGUAACUUUUAUGACCCUUUUCGAAUCAAUGAACGUUGUUCAAUUCUUGUUCCCCGAGUGAAAAAACUUGUCCACCAAAUCAUUGAAGAACACCGUUUCAAUCAGUCAAGAAAUACGGCUGAUAGUUCUGAUUUCGUUGAUGUGUUGCUAUCCUUAGAUGGCGACGAGAAACUCAAGGACGAGGACAUGGUAGCAGUCUUGUGGGAAAUGAUCUUUCGUGGUACUGAUACAACUGCACUUUUAACUGAGUGGAUCAUGGCGGAGUUGUUACUCAACCCUGAUAUUCAAUCCAAGCUUCACCAAGAGCUUGUUCUUGCUGUAAAAGAGACGAGCGUGACAGAUGCUGAUGUGGCUAAAUCACCGUACCUCCAAGCAGUAGUCAAAGAAACCCUAAGGUUGCACCCACCUGGGCCCCUCCUUUCAUGGGCCAGGUUGUCCACGUCAGAUGUCCAGCUCAGCAACGGCAUGGUGGUCCCUGCCGACACGACAGCCAUGGUCAACAUGUGGGCCAUAACCCAUGACCCAAAUGUCUGGGAGGAUCCACAUGUUUUCAAGCCAGAGAGGUUUCUUGUGGGCGGAGCUGAUCAGGUAGAUGUGAGGGGUGGUGAUUUAAGGCUUGCACCAUUUGGGGCUGGCCGAAGGGCCUGCCCUGGCAGGAACCUAGGGCUGGUGACCGUGGGCCUUUGGGUGGCUAGGUUGGUGCAACGUUUCAAAUGGGUUCAAGAUGUGGCUAACCCAGUUGAUUUGACCGAGGUGCUCAAGCUGUCCUGUGAGAUGAAGAAUCCUCUUCGCGCCGUCGCUAUUCCAAGAAAUUGCCUUGCAACUUGUUGAGAGUCAAGA